CCACUAAAAAUAGCUUACUCCGAGCGUGAAAGAGUAGUAUGAGCUCAAUAUGAUGAACAUGCAAAUGUAAGCAGUCGAUUGCGGUGAUCGAUUGCUAUUCGCCAUUGAGUGGCAAAAAUUGACGAUGGAUGCUGCAGGAGAGGCACUGGAGAUCCUACUACAAGCACGUGCUGCUCCUGGCGUACCAGAGCUGCGGCGUGGUGUACGGCGACCUGAGCACGUCGCCGCUGUACGUGUACAAGAGCACCUUCGCCGGUUCGCUCCGGCGGUUCGAGGACGAGGAGACCAUCUUCGGCGUCUUCUCGCUCGUCUUCUGGACCAUCACCCUCAUCCCGCUCCUCAAGUACGUCUUCAUCGUGCUCAGCGCCGACGACAACGGCGAGGGCGGCACCUUCGCGCUCUACUCGCUGCUGGUGCGGCACGCCAAGAUCAGCCUGAUGCCCAACCAGCAGGCCGCCGACGAGGAGCUCUCCACCUACCACAAGCCGGGCUACGCGCCGCAGGACACGGCCAUCCUGCGCGCUCUCCGCCGCUUCCUCGAGAACCACAGCAAGUCGCGCACCUGCCUCCUCCUCACCGUCCUCUUCGGCGCCUCCCUCGUCAUCGGCGACGGCGUCCUCACCCCGGCCAUGUCCGUGAUGUCGUCGUUCUCCGGUCUGCAGGUCCAUUCACACACCCUAACAAACGGUGAGGUGGUGAUCCUGUCGUGCAUCGUGCUGGUGUGCCUCUUCACGCUGCAGCACUGGGGGACGCACCGCGUCGCCUUCCUCUUCGCGCCGGUCAUCGUCACCUGGCUCCUCCUCCUGGGGGGCACCGGCGUCUACAACAUCAUCGUGUGGAAUCCCAGGGUGUUCUACGCGCUCUCUCCCACCUACCUCGUCAGGUUCUUCAUGAGGACCGGCAGAGAGGGCUGGAUUGCACUCGGAGGGGUGCUGCUCUCCAUGACAGGCACGGAGGCUAUGUUUGCAGACCUUGGCCACUUCACAGCAACAUCCAUAAGGGUGGCCUUUGUGGGCCUGAUCUACCCAUGUUUGGUGCUGCAGUACAUGGGACAGGCGGCCUUCCUGUCCAAAACCCCCGAAUGCGAUAUCCACUUCAUCUUCUUCAAGUCUAUACCCGUGCAGUUGUUCUGGCCGGUGCUGGUGGUCGCGACGCUGGCUUCGAUCGUGGGCAGCCAGGCGGUGAUCACGGCCACCUUCUCCAUCGUGCGGCAGUGCAUGGCGCUUGGCUGCUUCCCGCGCGUCAAGAUCGUGCACACCUCCAGCCUCAUCCCCGGGCAGAUCUACAGCCCCGAGAUCAACUGGCUCCUCAUGCUCGUCUGCCUCGGCGUCACCGUCGGCUUCCGCGACACCAUGCUCAUCGGCAACGCAUACGGGAUGGCGUGCUCCGGCGUGAUGGUGGUCACCACGCUCCUCAUGACGCUGGUGAUCAUCUUCGUGUGGCAGCUGGGCUUCAUCAUGGCGACGCUCUUCCUGCUGGCCUUCGGCGUGGUGGAGGCGGCGUACCUGUCGGCGGCGCUGAUGAAGGUGCCGCAGGGCGGGUGGCUGCCGCUGGCGCUGUCGCUGCAGUUCGUGGCCAUCAUGUACACGUGGCACUACGGCACGCGGCUGAAGCACUCGUUCGACGUGCAGAACAAGGUGUCCCUGCGGUGGAUCCACGCGCUGGGCCCCAGCCUGGGCAUCGUGCGCGUCCCCGGCAUCGGCCUCAUCUACAGCGAGCUGGCCAGCGGCGUGCCGGCCGUCUUCUCGCACUUCGUCACCAACCUGCCGGCGUUCCACCAGGUGCUCGUCUUCGUGUGCGUCAAGGCCGUGCCCGUCCCGCACGUGUGCCCCGAGGAGCGGCACCUGGUGGGCCGCAUCGGCCCGCGCGACUUCCACAUGUUCCGCUGCGUCGUCCGCUACGGCUACAAGGACGUGCUGGGCGAGGAGAGCGACUUCGAGAACGACCUGGUGCUCCGCAUCGCCGAGUUCGUGCACAUGGAGGCCGCCGACAACCGCCCCAGCGACGGCGCCGCGUCGGCCGUGGAGGGCCGGAUGUCCGUGGUGCGGCGGCCCGGCGACCUGGCGCGGACGGGGCGGUUGCUGGUGCAGGAGCCGGCGGACGAGGAGAGCCUCGUGGUGCGCGCGGCCACGGCGGCCACGGACGGUGACAAGUCGGACACGCUGGAGUCGCUGCAGGCCAUCUACGAGGCCGAGUCCCCGGCGGGGGCGGCGUACGGCGGCCGGCGGCAGCGCGUGCGGUUCGAGCUCUCGGACCUGGCGGGCGAGCACGUGGACCCGGAGGUGAAGGCGGAGCUGGCCGCCAUCGUGGAGGCCAAGCACGCCGGCGUUGCCUACAUCAUGGGCCACUCGUACAUCAAGGCCAGGAAGAGCUCCAACGUGUUCAAGAAGUUCACCAUCGACAUAGCCUACAACUUCCUCCGGAAGAACUCCCGGGGCCCCGCCGUGGCGCUCAACAUACCGCACAUCAGCCUCAUCGAAGUCGGCAUGAUCUACUAUGUCUAGCUGCUAGCAUCGAUUCAUUGUUUCAUUACAUAUGUGGAUGCAUGGAUUAAACUCCAGAUAACAUACUCCUACAUAGUAGCUAGGUCAAGACAUGAAUAAUCAAGAGCACAUAACAUAAACAUAUAUGUCAAGAAUCUUAGACUUUGCACGUGAGAGAUGAUGGGGCAGGCGCACAGCGGUCGUCAUAGUUGCGUCACAUCUAGUAACAAAAGUUAGAUACAAAUAAAAAGGAACAAAUUUCAUCAAAAAUUUAAAAAUCCUCAAUCAAAUAAUUAAAAAGGAACAAGUUCGUACACCAAGCAAUUAGUGCGGACAUGUUGUUAGGGGACACUUGGUACUCCUAGAACUUAAACAAGUGAUCCACUAUCAUAGUAGCACACUAUUUUUAAAGAACGCGGCAUAUAAUUUGGACUCCCUUGAAUUAAGAACUACGACAAGAAUUAUGAAACGGAGGAAGUAUCAUGAAUUAUACAUUUUACUUGAUUAAUCGUUUGUACUAUUAGAGAAUGAACCACACCAACUGCAUCUAAAACCAACACUAGUUUUGCUUCCAGAUUUAAACAUCAAAAAUGCUAAACACACGGGGCUGUUACGGGGUUUUCCCCUAAUACUCUCCAUCGCCCCCUUGAUUUUCAGCGGGGUGGGGCCCCAACCUCCCUCUUAAUCCAAUCAAAGAUUGCCAGGUCAAUAUCUUUCCGUAAAGCUUAAGUAAAAUCUCGUUGAUGUAGCAUUGCUCUUUAAGCACAAGUUCCCCUUCCAACAUUCCCUCCCACCCCAACCUGUCAAUACAGUACGGAUUAAGAAUGGCAUUGUUCCCUUGGAAAGUUGCUUAAAUAAAUACUAUAGCACAUGAUUCCCCUUUUCCACAUUACAUGUUCCAACAAAUAUCUCUGUGUUUAAUAUAUCCAAGAAAAAAAUCUUCAGUGUUUUUGUUUGUGAGGUAUCUCCUCCCUAGCAUUUUGUUGAGUAAACUUUUUUUUUGGGUAAGUUUUGUUGGGCAAACUUUGUAUGUCUCAGCUAAAACCUCUCCUUGGACAGUUGGCCCUUGAUACUUUUGUUCCAUCGCAACAUGGCGGGGAAGUCUGGCCAUUUCGGGUCAUAUGAAGAUAUAGAAAUAAAAUAUAGCUAAUUACAAGACUCCUAAAAUGGCGCAAUUUUGAUCCUUAGUCUAUUUGGAGCUCCAGUUCGAUUAAAAUAUCACAAUUUCACGGCAAAUAUGGCACACAUGGACAUGGAAGAUUGUCAAGGUUGCAAUUUUAUGCACAUCAAGGGCAUGCGAUUUUAUUUUAUUUUGCAUUUAGGUCCGAUCGGGUUUAAUGCCCAAGUAUUCCCCACCUCUCUCUGACACUCCAGUCCAUAAGUCACCAAACUGUCUCCCUUCGACGAUCCUCACUGUCACCUCACCCCUUCUUUUCCUCUAGAGUUCAUUAUGGAAGCAUAGGGCAAAUGAGUAUGCUUCGUUGAACAAUGAGGGCAAAAAGCAAAACAAAUAUGCUAUUGAACAAUCUCGUAGCUAGGGAACUUGCUCCCCCGGCAUGGUGGAUGCCACGUCUGUAACUCGGGUCAUCAUCCAUGUCCACGUGUUCCAGAGUUGCCAAAAAAAUUGUGAUUUCGACCAAAAUAAGGUGCAAACCUGCGUUUAGGGAAUCAAAACAGCCCUUUUGAGAGUUUGAGGACCACGAUGGUGCAGAGGCCAGGGGUUUAACCUCCUUUCCAAAAAACUAAAAAAAAAAGUAAGCGCACUGCUCAAGUUGAAGUGUAAUAAGUGUGUAUAUAUGUGACACCUCUGAAGUAUAGUUCAAGGCCGGCUCCACGGGGAGUGAAGUGCAUCCUAGGUCCUCAAACUAUUUCAAUUGUGUCAUGUAGGUCCUCAAACUAUGAAAAGUGUCAUCUAGGUCCUCAAACUAUUUCAGAGGUGUCA